AUUUCCCCCUUGAUGGCUCUUCCGACCCCUUGAGGCUCUACGUGACUGGCUGCUCUGGGCUCCCUGCUCUUUGUUUGCAGUCCACUGGCCCACUGGCUGGCUGUCAGCUCUAUUGUCCUUCCACCUUGCCUGACCUGUGUUGGCCACCUCUGUGUCCCCAGGACCUAGCACGAGGCCUGCCACUUGCUAAGGUUCGCCGUGUCCCAGGCUGAUCGUCUUGGCCCUCUCCACGCCACCACCGCCGCUCCGGGAGCCAGCUCGGCCAUGGGGGAGAACGAGGAUGAGAAGCAGGCCCAGGCGGGACAGGUAUUUGAGAACUUUGUCCAGGCUUCCACAUGCAAAGGCACCCUUCAGGCCUUCAACAUCCUCACCCGCCACCUGGACCUAGACCCUCAGGACCACAGGAACUUUUACUCCAAGCUCAAGUCCAAGGUGACCACCUGGAAGGCCAAAGCCUUGUGGUACAAACUGGACAAGCGUGGCUCCCACAAAGAGUACAAGCGAGGAAAGGCAUGCAUGAACACCAAGUGUCUCAUUGUUGGUGGAGGACCCUGUGGCUUGCGCACUGCCAUUGAACUUGCCUACCUGGGAGCCAAAGUGGUCGUGGUAGAGAAGAGGGACACCUUCUCCCGGAACAAUGUGCUGCACCUCUGGCCUUAUACCAUCCAUGACCUGCGGGGCCUGGGAGCCAAGAAGUUCUACGGGAAGUUCUGCGCUGGCUCCAUCGACCAUAUCAGUAUUCGGCAACUACAGCUCAUCCUAUUCAAGGUGGCCCUGAUGCUGGGAGUUGAAAUCCAUGUGAACGUGGAGUUUGUGAAGGUCCUCGAGCCCCCUGAAGAUCAAGAAAAUCAAAAAAUUGGCUGGAGAGCAGAGUUCCUCCCCACAGACCACCCCCUGUCGGAGUUUGAGUUUGAUGUCAUCAUUGGUGCUGACGGCCGCAGGAACACCCUGGAAGGGUUCAGGAGGAAGGAAUUCCGCGGGAAGCUGGCCAUCGCCAUCACCGCCAACUUCAUCAACAGGAACAGCACGGCCGAGGCCAAGGUGGAAGAGAUUAGCGGGGUGGCCUUCAUCUUCAAUCAGAAAUUUUUUCAGGACCUGAAAGAAGAAACAGGGAUUGAUCUAGAAAACAUCGUUUACUAUAAGGACUGCACCCACUACUUCGUCAUGACCGCCAAGAAGCAGAGCCUGCUCGACAAAGGUGUCAUCAUGAAUGACUACAUCGACACGGAGAUGCUGCUGUGUGCAGAGAACGUGAACCAGGACAACCUGCUGUCCUACGCCCGGGAAGCUGCAGACUUCGCCACCAACUACCAGCUGCCAUCCUUAGACUUUGCCAUGAACCACUACGGGCAGCCCGAUGUGGCCAUGUUUGACUUCACUUCCAUGUAUGCCUCUGAGAAUGCCGCCCUGGUGCGUGAACGACAAGGACACCCGCUGCUCGUGGCCCUUGUGGGUGACAGCUUGCUUGAGCCAUUUUGGCCCAUGGGAACAGGCUGUGCCCGGGGCUUCCUGGCAGCCUUUGACACAGCAUGGAUGGUGAAGAGCUGGGACCAGGGGACUCCUCCCCUGGAAGUGCUGGCGGAAAGAGAAAGCCUUUACCGGCUGCUACCUCAGACCACCCCAGAGAACAUCAAUAAGAACUUUGAGCAGUACACGUUGGACCCAGGGACACGGUACCCAAACCUCAACUCUCACUGUGUCCGGCCCCACCAGGUGAAGCAUCUGUACGUCACCAAGGAGCUGGACCACUACCCUCUUGAGAGACUCGGCUCAGUGAGGAGAUCUGUCAACCUUUCCAGGCGGGAGUCAGAUAUCCGGCCCAGCAAGCUCUUAACCUGGUGCCAACAGCAGACCGAGGGCUACCAGCACGUCAGCGUCACUGACCUGAGCACAUCCUGGCGCAGCGGCCUGGCCCUCUGUGCCAUCAUCCACCGCUUCCGGCCCGAGCUGAUCAACUUUGACUCUUUGAAUGAAGACGAUGCUGUCAACAACAACCAGCUGGCGUUUGACGUGGCCGAACGCGAGUUCGGGAUUCCUCCAGUGACCACCGGCAAAGAGAUGGCGUCAGCUCAGGAGCCAGACAAGCUCAGCAUGGUCAUGUACCUGUCCAAGUUCUACGAGCUCUUCCGGGGCACCCCGCUACGGCCCGUGGAUUCUUGGCGCAAAAGCUACGGAGAAAAUGCCGACCCCAGCUUUGCCAAAUCCUCCCUUUCUAAUAACUAUCUGAACCUCACACUUCCCAGGAAAAGGACCCCUCGGGGAGACGCCCAGACUGAAGAGAAUGACAUGAACAAGCGGAGGAGGAAAGGCAUCAUCAACCUGGAUGAGGACGGCGUGCACAGGCCGUCAAGCUUCUCCGGCCGUAGCUCAGACUCCGCUCAGGAAUGCGCCAACAGCAAGGAGGCAGGAAAUCAGAACAAAGUCAAGUCCAUGGCGACUCAGCUGCUGGCCAAGUUUGAGGAGAGCACGCGGAACCCCUCAGUCCUGAGACAGGAGCGCUGUGUCUCAGGGAUAGGUAAGCCCGUCCCGUGCUCUUCCUCUCACCCUCCUGUAGACUGUCGCUGCCCCACACCAGAGGAGCCCACUCCCAGCCCGUCACCUCCUCUGAAAAGGCAGGUACUCAGAGAGCUCAAGCAAGUGUCCACUGGUGGUGAGUGUCCAAGCCGGCCCUGGAGAGCCAGGGCCAAGUCUGACCUGCAGCUGGGCAGCCCAGAAAACCUUGCCACCCUGCCUCCUGCCUGCCAGGGAGCACUGGCUCUCUCAGGGGUGCUGCGGCGGCUGCAGCAAGUGGAAGAGAAGAUUCUCCAGAAGAGGGCUCAGAACUUGGCCAACAGGGAAUUUCACCAAAAGAACAUUAAAGAGAAGGCAGCUCACCUCGCCUCCAUGUUUGGACAUGGGGAGUUUCCACAGAAUAAACUACUCUCUAAAGGCCUGUCUCAGCCUCAUCCUCCCUCCUCUCCCUCUUGCCUUCCGUCUUCUGAUCCAGCUGCUGCUUCCUCUCCAUCAACUGCUGACUCUGCUUCUCCCGCCAGAAAGCUGACAGUAGGGAAAGUGUCCAGCGGAAUAGGGGCUGCCGCGGAAGUCCUGGUCAAUCUGUACUUGAAUGAUCACAGACCUAAGCCCCAGGCCACCUCUCCAGACCUGGAAUCCACACGGAAGAUGUUUCCCCUGAACGUGGGCGGCAGUGACACCUGCUACUUCUGUAAGAAGCGCGUGUACGUGAUGGAGCGGCUGAGCGCCGAGGGCCACUUCUUCCACCGAGAGUGCUUCCGCUGCAGCCUCUGUGCCACCACCUUGCGCCUGGCCACCUACGCCUUUGACUGUGGAGAAGGCAAGUUUUACUGCAAGCCUCACUUUAUUCACUGUAAAACCAACAGCAAGCAGCGGAAGCAAUGGACAGAGUUGAAGCAAGAGAGAGAGGAGGACGGGGCAUGGCAGGGACAGGAAGCCCCUCGACGAGACACCGCCCCCGAAAGUUCCUGCGCAGUGGCCGCCAUCAGCACGCCGGAAGGCAGCCCCCCAGAUGAGCCCACCUCCCCCAAGAAGCCGAAGAGCACUGUUGAGCCCCAGCCCGCUGGCAUGGAUUGUGAAGCCACCUCGCCACUGUCCUCCGAGUGGACCUCAGUGAGGUUCAGCCCUGGGGCAGACGCUGUUGGGCAGGAUGUGCUGGCUGUGUGCGUCCUGGUUGACUGUGAGGACAGCAGCUCUGACAGAGACUCUGACCAUGGUGACAGUGAGAGCCCCAGCCCCAAGCCCUAUGAAGAGAGGCCAUGGCAGCCAGAAUUCUUGCCACUAUCAAAGCCCCUCUUCCGGCACAGCUCCCUGAGGGAGCCCCUCGUCAGGACGGCCUCUCCACGUGACCCUGAGGAGCCACAUGCUGGGCAUGCUCCGCAACGGGCCAGCAGCUUCCAGGCUCCAAACAAACACCAGAGCUGGAGAAAAUUCCCCUCAAAUCGAACUCCAGCAAACAACAGAACUCUGUCGCCUCCCAAGGAAUCUUCUCCUCUCCCUCUGUCUUCAUGGUCUUCUCCUUCAUCUUCCUUGCCAUCUUCUUCACCUUCCGCCAGUGUUCCUGGGCACCCUCUGGACCGUUCUUCUCCACCUCAGGUAGCAGCAUACAACCCCCACCCUCAAGUCUCUGGAGAUUGCCGCAGUCCUUCUACCCCAAUCUUUCUCAGGAGAGCUAAAAGCCAAGGGGUACCCAAGGGAAUGCCUCUGUAUCUACCUCACGGUGAGGUGCUGGAGCGAGCCGAGUAUUGCCUGGUGAGCCCUGGGGGAGAGAGCCUCGAAAGCCCGGUGGAGUUGGCUUCUGGGGGGUGCCGGGAAGCAGCGGCUCUUCCUGGGGGUGCCCCAAGCAGCCACAGCGCCCCAGGCCUCACUGCGGGGAAAGACAGGUCCUUGGCAGGCCAAGGGCAAUCUCUCAGGGCAGAAGAGGACCCAGGAGAAGGCAGUACUGGAGCCACGAGGGGACAGGGGGGUGGGUCUGCGCGGGCAGAGAGAACGCCAAAGCUGAAGAAAUUAGCUCUCACUUUGGAGCAGAAGACCAUGUUGCUGGACUGGAAUGACUCCUUCCCCGAGAGCGCGGCCCUCCAGCGGGACGGGCAAGUUUCCCCGGAGAGGGCUAGGAAUGGCAGCGCAGGCUCAGUGCUGAGGGCAGCGCGCCCCUCGAGCCUCCCUCAGGCUCAGAAAGAGGCACCAGCAACCCAGACAGAGCCCCCCCAGGGGCCGCGGACCCCAGCUGUGCAGGCCCCUGCGGAGCAGAGCGUGCCCCCGCCCAGGUCACCCCUGCGGCUCAUUACAAACGCCAUCCGGAGGUCCUUGGACCAGUUCCUCCACAACUCAGACGGUGGCAAGAAGGCCUGGGCCAAACCAGAAUCGAAAACUUUGCUCCCGGGCCAGGCCUACACCUUUCCCAGCUCGCUCAGCCUGCAGAAACUUGGUUCUAAUAAAGACGGCAACCUGCAGUCCCCUAGCAAAAACGCGGCCAGCAGGGCCUCCACCUUCUUCUCCCUGGGCUCCCCAGCUCCCAGCGCGGCCCAGUCCUCGGACCCUCGCGCUCCUGACGCUGCCCAUAGUUCGCCCAGCAAGCCAUCUACGCUGUUUUCCACAUUCGCUUUCCCACCCUGCAGCAAGACUGAAGGUGUCCCCGCACUCCUGCAGAAUGGGGAGUUGAGAGAGACCUCUGCAGAUGCUGCCAGGGCUGCAAAGAAAAGAACCUCAUUAUUUUCCUCCCUCCGAGCCAAAGACAAGUCCUAUGAGAGUUUCCUCCAAGAAUCCAAACAAAGGAAAGACCUCAGGGAUCUCUUCAGCAGCUCCAAGGGGAGGGUGCUGUCUGGGAACAGUGCCCCAUCCCGGGAGAACAGGGCGCAGCCCUUCAGAAGCGCCUCCUUGACGUGGGUGGACCGUCCUCCGCCUCCCGCGGGGCUCGCAGGCCCCAAGCACGACCGUGUCAGGGUGCAGGUGACAGAGGCUACCUCGUCUCUCUCUUCUACCACCUCCUCCUCUGCAGAUGAAGAAUUUGAUCCCCGGCUUUCUCCAGGGUCACAGGAGAAGAAGACACUCAAAAAAAGAAGGAAGCUGGAAAAAGCAACAAAGCAGUUGGUCAAGCAAGAAGAAUUGAAAAGACUUCAUAAAGCUCAGGCCAUCCAGAGGCAGCUGGAGGAAGUGGAAGAGCGGCAGAGGGCAUCCGAGGUCCAGGGCGUGAGACUGGAGAAGGCCUUGCGAGGAGAAGCAGCAGAUUCAGGGACACAGGAUGAAGCACAGCUUUUGCAGGAAUGGUUUAAGCUGGUCCUGGAGAAGAAUAAAUUAAUGCGAUAUGAGUCGGAGCUGCUGAUCAUGGCUCAAGAACUAGAAUUAGAAGAUCAUCAAAGUAGACUGGAACAGAAAUUCAGAGAGAAAAUGCUUAAAGAGGAGAGUCAGAAAGACGAGAAUGAUCGUAAUGAGGAGCAAGAAAUACUCAUCGAGAUGAUGCAAGUGGUUAUGCAAAGGGACAGGCUCGUGGAUUCCUUAGAGGAGCAGCGCAUCAAGGAAAAGGCCGAGGACCAGCGCUUUGAAAGCUUUGUCUUCUCCAGGGGCUGUCAGCUGAGCAGGACGUGAGGUGGCCCCGUCCCUCCGUGAGGUGGCCCUGUCCCUCCCCAAGGCCGCGCCUGCAUGCCGCACUGCCUCAUUCCGGAAUGGAAGUUAUACCCUUCGGCGUGGUGGAGAGUUUUAUUUUUAAUUAAAAUUCUCAUAUGUACUACAGCUUCCCAAGAUUUUUCCAGAGACUAUAAUGAAAAAAACCACAAAGACUGUUAGGAAAUUGGCAGCGGACGUCAGCCAGGCGCUGGGAUCGGAGGUGCUCCUGGCCAACGACCAGCAUUGUUUUCCCUAAAAAGUGACACAGAGACUUGACUUUUCCACUGCUUUCAUCAUUUUCUUCCCUGAUUCAUUGAGUUAUGUGUUUUAAGACUUUCAGGAACCUGCCUUUCCAUUAAUAUACCCAUAUUUGCUUUUUUUUUUUUUUUUCCCCUUUUUCUUGCACGGAUGACCAGUUUCCAAAUGUCAGAAAGCAGCAGCAGCAGUUUAAAGAUUAGGUUAAUAUUUAAAUGGUGUUUCCAGAGAAAGAGGAGAAACCUCAAGAUUACUGAUUACAUAAAGCAAAUAACUCAUAUAGCAGGUGUUAAUUCAAUCCAGGGUGAAUUUAAUUUACCAGGUGUAUUUAUAAGCCUUAAUAUAAUAUACAUAAGCAAUGAGAGUUUAUAGAACAUUUGAGCCUUAAUUUUAUUUAAAAAAAAAAAAAAAGAAAGAAUGAAUGAAAGAAAAAGGAAAUAAAGCUUUAACUUCAUGCCAGCAGGAUUGCUAGGGCUCACCAAAUCCUGUUGGCCUAAGGAGAGUUUUUUGUUCCCAGUGUACUCUGUUCCUGGCCCCUGGAGCAUAAGAUAAGCACUUUUAAAAAAGAAUGAUUUUGGAGGGUUUUUAAAAAUAAGUGUUGGUGAUGGCAAAAAGAAAAACUCUUUCACUUGGUGAGAAAACAUUGCUGAGGCCGGUGCUGUGGUCGGAAAAUGAACACACUGGUGGGCCUGGGAGAGGGAAGCCUCUUGGUGCUCCUGGGCUUUGGCUCAAGCAGAGCAGGGCUUUCACCCCUUGCCAGGACAGCCCAGGUGCCCGUGAGACAAGGACAAAGCCAUGUGUGGCUUCCAGGCAGAGCUGAGCAGAGCUUCUCCGCUCAUGCAAUCCCGACUUGGGCCAUAGAUUUGUUUUUCUGACAUUUUCAAUAUGUACAGACAGCUGGUGGGUGGGGCUUGUGCGCUGACACACUGGGCUUCCCGGGGUGUUUUGACAGUGCAGAUGGGGACCAAAGAGAGAAGAUUUCAAGUGGUGAUGUGUUGUCAUAAAAUAUUUGAUUGUUCUCCCCCGGAGGCAUCCUUUGAAGGUUUAGUCUGUUAUGGACAAGAGAGAGACCAAAGAACUCUGUGUUGCACAUUUGGCCACUGAUUUCUGCAAGCAUUUAAAUGUGUCAUUCAACAAUAGGUGCUUGGCAGUGGUUGGCUCUGACUGGAGACCAAGUUUCUCUCAAGAUAAGUUGACCCAGGAAGCACUUAUGCGCUGCUGGCUGCCCACGACAUCUGGCUGGCUGACAAGCCAGAAAGACAUAUUCAGACUUCCCCCGAGUCGCCCAGCUUUUGGGGUGGCAUGUAAUCCCAGCCUUUCUAUGGAUACUAAGCUCCAGAGGCAAUAAUUUUUUCUCUCUAUUAUCUUUCUUUCUUUUCUGAGAAUCUGAUCUUCUAGUGCCAUGAAAUCUAUUCUGUUGUUGGGAAAUUUGUAAUCACCCUUCUGUCUACCUACUUAGAAAAGUUAUACCACUUCUGUUUAUCUAUUUUUAUUUAUAUGCAUGUUUAGUGGUAAUUGAUAAUGAUUUCCUGAUAAUUCUGGCUUCCCUGUAGUAUAAUUUGGAAAAGACCUACUGGUACGAAAAUAUUGGACUAUAAGCUACUCGAUACAGAUGUUUGCAGCAGUUGUAUAGUAUUAAAGAUGUGUAGAGUGGGGCCGGGGAGAUAGCUCAGUAG